CAGGUCUCUGUCCAUCAACACAGACGACAAGAUGGAAGCCUACCAAAGAUUCAUCCAGGAUGGUAAAGCCGUUGCCAGACAAGGGGACAUGACUAAAGCACUGAAGUUUUUCAGACUGGCGUACAACAUUCACCCGAGUCAAAAACUGGAGAGCAGGAUAAAGAAAAUCGAGGACCUUCUUGCUCAAAAUGACUCGGAGGAUGAAGAAGAGUUUGUUGAUGUGAACAACAGCGGUUUAUUGCUUUACAAAGAGUUACAUGACAAGCUUUACAACUACCAGAGGAACGGAGUGGCCUUCUUGUACAGUCUCUACAGAGAUGGGCAUAAAGGUGGGAUCCUGGCAGAUGACAUGGGCCUCGGUAAAACCAUCCAGGUGAUAUCAUUCCUCUCUGGCAUGUACGACAACGAGCUUGUCACACACACGCUGCUUGUCAUGCCAACUUCGCUCAUCACAAACUGGACCAAGGAGUUUGCCAAAUGGACUCCCGGCAUGAGGGUGAAGGAGUUUCACGGCGCCGGCAAAGAGCGAACGAGGAAUCUGGAGAAAGUUCAGAGGAGAAGUGGUGUCAUCAUCACCACAUACACGAUGCUCAUCAGUAACUGGCAGCAACUGUCCUCAUACAAUGGCAAGGAGUUUGUGUGGGACUAUAUGAUCCUGGAUGAGGCACACAAAAUAAAAACCACCACCACAAAAACGGCCAAAAGCGCCAACGCCAUACCCUCAAAAAACAGAAUUCUCUUGACAGGCACUCCAGUCCAGAACAACCUGAAAGAAAUGUGGGCUCUCUUUGACUUCGCCCUCCAAGGCACUCUCCUCGGCACAGCGAAAACAUUCAAAACAGAGUAUGAGAACCCUAUCACCCGAGCCAGAGAGAAGGACGCCACUCCAGGGGAAAAGGCUCUCGGUUCUCGGAUGUCUGAGAACCUCAUGGCCAUAAUAAAACCCUACUUCCUCCGCAGGACAAAAUCUGAAGUGCAAAAAGACAAAAUGAAUGGCACACAUCCAUGCAAAGAGGAAUGUUCAGACAACCAGGAGGACGGCCGAGUCCCAAACACUCCAAAAGACUCUGGAGCAGUCAUGCCCAAGCUGACCAGAAAGAACGACCUGAUCGUGUGGACGUACCUGAGCUCUGUCCAGGAGGACAUCUACAGGCAGUUUAUUUCACAGGACCACAUCAAGGAGCUGCUCAUGACCACCAGAUCACCUCUAGCUGAAUUAAACAUCAUAAAAAAGCUAUGCGACCAUCCAAGACUGCUCUCUGCAGCCGCCAUCGCCAAGUUAGGCUUGGAUGAAAGUGCAACUGAAAGUGAGCAGAAUGAAAACUCAGAGGUAGACACAGGCAGCAUCGCUAACAUUCCUGACGACACCUUGAUAUCGGAGUCUGGGAAACUUGUCUUUCUGUUCGCACUUCUUGGACAGCUCCGAGAGGAAGGCCAUCGCACUCUCGUCUUUGCUCAUUACAGGAAAGUGCUUGAUAUCAUUGAACGCAUCUUGGGCAACAGAGGCUUCAAAGUCAUGAGACUGGACGGCACCAUAACUCAGAUUGCAGAAAGAGAAAAGCGCAUCACUGCGUUUCAGGUGGACAAAAGUUACUCCGUCUUCCUCCUGACAACUCAGGUUGGAGGAGUUGGCAUCACUUUGACGGCAGCAGACCGAGUCGUGAUCUACGAUCCCAGCUGGAACCCAGCAACAGACGCCCAGGCUGUUGACAGGGCAUAUCGCAUCGGACAGACUGAAAACGUCGUCAUCUACAGGCUGAUCACCUGCGGCACUGUUGAAGAAAAGAUCUAUAGACGGCAGGUUUUCAAAGACUCCCUCAUCAGACAGAAUACCGGGGACAAGAAGAACCCUUUCCGGUACUUCAGCAAGCAGGAGCUGAAGGAACUCUUCACUCUGGAGGACACACGGUCCUCCUCCACACAGUUGCAGCUCCAAGCCCUGCACUCCAGACACCGACGGACAGACCCUGAACUGGACGAGCACAUCGCCCACCUCCACGCCAUGGAGAUGUUUGGGAUCUCUGACCACGACCUCAUGUUCUCUCUCGAUGUCAACCAGGACGAGGCCCCUGAGGACCAAGACGCCUACCACUACAUCGAAGGGAGGGUCCAGAAGGCCCAGGAGCUGAUGAAGGCUGAGUCAGAGUUGCAGAUGCAGCUGGCAGAGAGCAUGGCAUCAAGCACAGAACCAGUCUGGCUCCGACAACCGCUGGACAACAACAGAGAGGGGUCCAAUCAGCAAAAAACAAGAAACCCAAGACCAAGUCCUUCAUAUCCACAGAAUAACUUCAGCAGCUCACCACUUGUGGUGGACUUGGACCAGUCUGGUUCUGACAAGCAGGAUCUGAGUCACCGAGUCUUUGAUCUGACUGCAGAAAACAGUAUUUCUGAAGAACAAUCUGUUGUAGAAGUGAACCACGACAAUCUUGCUGAGCAAAACCUGGAUUCCCCAAAACACCACCCUGUUGAGCAAGAGAAGAGUUACUCAGAAGAGGCAGAUGCAUCUGUUCAGGAGGUGAUCGAGGAGUCUUUGGUGGGGUCGGAGGCCAGUUUUGCUACAGCAGGGGAUACUGCUGACACCAGCCUUCAAGAAGUAAUGGAAAAGUCUGCAGUGUCUGAGCCCGCAGCUGCUCCGGCAGGUGACGGCAACCUGGUGUACGUUACGUUGGUCGAUGAAGGUGAGCAGCUGCUAAAUGGAACCUCACACUCAGAGGAUGACUACAAGAUGGACUUGGGGCGUCCACAUGUCACCACUGUGCAGAACAAAAGAUUUUCUGCCUUACAAGCGUCCAAUUCAAGCUUCAAAGCCGACACAUCAUCCAGAGCGAGCACCGGGCUUGAGUCCUUCGAAGGCAACUUCAACUUACAGCUCGAGGAGAGCGACAUGUUCUCAGACCACGAGUUCCUGGAUCAGCAGACCGAAGCAGAGGAGAGGAGGCUGCUGUCACAGCUGCAGAUGGAGGGAAGUUUUGACAUCAAUAAAUCCCUCUCUGAGAGACAACAGCGAGAUGGACGAAGCAUCAACACUGCCUCUGAAAUGGACGAGUUGGUGAAUGAUUCUAUUGUGACCUUCAAAAAGAAAAGAGCAGCAGUGAUUUGUGACAGUGAAGAAGACGGAGAGGAGGAGGAGGAUGAUGAUGAUGAUGAAGGGAGUCAACUCAGCUACUCCUUCCAGGUUCUUGGAGUGUCCACACCAAAGUCAGCACCUUCUGGCUCCACCCCUCUUCGGUCAAGAAAGAGCACUGGAGGAAACACCUCGGUGGCCUCAUACCGGUCACUCGUCCAGUCCAUCAUCGAAGACAUAGACAACAACCAGGACGUGUCCGAUGAAGCUGAAGAGGAUGACGUCAUUGGUUCAAGUCAUGAAGAGCUUCAGCUGGAGGAGACUGUUGGAGAGACGUUAGACACUGAAGGUGAGGAGGAAGAGUCAGUAGAUGCCGUUGAUGAGUCGGAACAGGAAAUGAGCAGUAACAUGGAGGAGUCAACCAGCGAUCCUGAGUUAGCCUCCGAUGAAAGAAUGGAUCAGUGUACUGCUGAUAAAGGCAUCAAGAUGACCGUGAAGGAGGGCGUCAUUGAGGAGGAGAGCUUCGACUCGCUGGUCAGGCGAGGGAUGGAGUGCCGCAGCAAAGGGAAGCUGGACGAGGCCCUGGACUUCUUCCUGAGAGCUAUUGACAUCAAACCUGGAGAUCCUGAAAUUCAACUCAUCACCAUCCAACUGUACCGGCAACGGAGUCAGAGAAGUUAACAAAAUAAUCCUACGAACUUCUGCCACCACAUGAGAUUAUAGUGGAUAAUCAGGGCUGCCCAACCAACAAUGUGUUCAUUUGUCCACUUAUUUCGUAACUUUGACACUUGAUGUUCUUCAUAAACUACGAUUUGUAGUCGGAAUCUGCCAUAUUGAACUGUGAACAACUAUAGACUGAGCUCUGGUGGUGUGUGCUGUGCACUACAUACAAUGAGUUUGUAGUAGCAGGAAGAGCACUUGGAUUCAUGGUAGUAUUGAAAAAGAAAUGCUUGGGAUAUCUAAAUAUGCCGGAAUACUGUGAUACUGGACAAGCCUAAUAUGACAAUACAGAGACGCUGAAAUCUUAUGUUGCACAGACUUAAAAUAUUUGUUGGAAUGAAAAUGUGGUUGAUGAUAUUUUAGAUAUCUGACUAGUUCAGACUUUGCACAGAAAUAUAAAAACCUUGACAGUUACAAACUGUGUCUCUAAAAAAUGAAUGUUUGUCAUCUGCAGCACACAUAAUAAGUGUGUGUAUUGCUGCUGCUAAAAGCCUGUAUGAUGUGUUUGUGUAUGAAGAUUUUAUUUGUGUUUCUUGUAUUCAGUUCUGAGAGCUGCGACACCUGUUCAUUGAACUCUUGCUUACAUGUUCAGCUUAUGUUUUGGAGGGGGGAAAAUAUCAUUUUUUUCUUCAUGUGUCCAUUAUAGUCAACAGUAAAAGGUUUUAUUUCCAUAUAACCUAUACCUAAUCUACUUGUAUAUAUUUACAGAAAAAGUUCAAAUAAAA